UGUAAGAAAUGUGUGUUCAAAUGUUUCGCGGCGUUGGAGUGUUUGUUAUUUGUUUAUACGUGGUGCUAGAGCUAGGGGAAGGAGAAGAAUGAUACAAACAGCAAAAGUAUGUCGACAUAUUAGACAAUAUUGCAGUAAAGCAGACCAGAUCAACAACAAUGAAAUAACUUCCAUGUUUUAUAACAGGAAUCCUCGUAAUCUGGAACGAUUACGAAUUGCAUACAAACCAAGAGGGUAUGGUCUUGAAGCUCCAGGAAGAGAAUACUGGCACAGACUGUCACUGGAGCAGAAGAAUAGGUAUGUUGUUGCAAGUAUUGUACAUAAUACAGGAGUGAUCGCUGUGACAGCAUCUACAGCUGAAAAUGCAAUCCGUCGCCAUUUGUACAGGCCUACAGAUGUCUCAGCAUACCAUAAUCUAGGUCGUGUUCUGGCACAGAGAUGUUUGGAGUCUGGUAUUGCAGAAAUCUACUCCAGUCUUUCACCAGAUCAAGGUGAAAAGGUUGCAGCUUUCGUUGGCGCCCUGGAAGCAGCAGGAAUUUCUCUGGCUGAACCAAAAAGGUUUUUUGCCCCUCGACCUUGGGACAUGCACAGGAAAGAAAAGCCAUGGGAAGUAACUGAAUAGUUUGCACAUGCCAUUUGGUGUAUAUUUUGCAAUCUAUUGUGACAGAGACAAAAUCUCAAAACUGCUAUUGAAUGUCACGUUGUGAAAAUAGUGGAUUAAGUGUGCUGGCAUUUCAGAUGAUGUUUUGACAUGUGUAAAUAUGGGUUUGGUAAUCAUAUCAUCAAGCAGUGCAUAAAGUUGUGAUAAAAGAUAUUGUUGUAGUGUGAUUAAAAAUAAAAGUAUGAAAAUAUACAAUUGUUUGUUGUUGGGGUUUGGUAAUUUUAAUCUAUGGAGUAAUUUUGUUUGAUGUUGGAAAUUAUUUGAAAGAUCUAAACUGCUCAGUAUUUGUGCAGUUACAUGGUGAAAUAAUGACUUUAUUGAAAAGAAAUCUGUAGAAUUUAUCAUUCCUCUUUUCAUAAUCUAAUUUAAUUUCUUGUGUUUAGAACCUACCAAUAAGAAUAACAGAGGAAAAAAGCAGUUAAGUCUCUUAGAAAUGACUGUGUCGUUCUUCAUUCUGUCAUCUCAUCCCACAACAUUUCUUCAAGACAGUUACUUGACCCUUUCAGGUGCUUAACACUGCUCUUGCCAGUGACAGAUGUGCUAACUAUGCAUUCAACAGAGGUCUCAGGAAAGGCUAAAGUGUAAAAACUCUUAUGCUUGUGGAUACGUUGGGAACAAAAUGUGUCACAGUGUUAGUGUGUGAGUGUGGGGGGUUGCACUUGCACUAUGUGCCUCGUCUUUCUGCCACAUGAAAUGUACACCUCGACCAAUUCCUCCAUUUAUAUCAUCCAGCACAACGGUCAGUGAUGAAGUCAUUUUAAGCUCAAUCUCUUAUUCUGAUGUGCCUUGGAAACAGAACAGAGAAUAUUUUGUACACUUUUAUGUCCCUUAUGUAUAUUUGAUAUUGAACUCUGUUCACAAAAUUUCACCAUUUCUGACAUUCAUAACAGCUACAUUUUCAGAGCAUUAUUUCUCACCCAUUAUUUUGCAUGUUCAAUUUGGUGUGACUGAAACAUCCAGUAAAUCCUGCAAAUUGCUAUUGCUGUUGCCAUUGCCAUGUGUUCAGAAUUGUGUGUUGAGACUUACAUCCAGCUUGUACAUAAACAAGAUUAUUUUUCACCUGAUUGUUUUAUUUUCCAUUAUUUUUGAAUAUUCAAUUUGACCAAUGUGAAGUCGUUGCAAGAAUAAUUGACUAGUGUUUUAGAUAGCCAAAUAGAAAUUUUCGAUCUUCUCCAGGUUUGUGUGUCAGCGGUCAGCAUGGUGCUUGUUUGACAGCUAGGAGUUAAAGAAAGACAUUUGUGAAAUAUUCAUUGCUAAAUUUCUAUCUUUCAUUGCACAUUAGUGGAAUCUUCUCCAGCGAUGCUCCACUUCACUGUGUCUCAGCCUUCGCAAUCAGUGUCAACAUAGGCAGCACCUAAGACAGCAGAUCAGAGGCAAGUUUGUUUGUAGUAGGACCUACUUCCAGAUAAAAGUACUUUGUGAAGAGGGUUAUGGUUUGUCUUCUUUCCUGAAUCGUUGUAUUUUCAAAUAAUGGGUCUAGAGCCUUAUCAUGAAUGUACUUGAUUGAAAUGCAAUUGUGGUUACAUUUUCUUCACUGUCAUUUCCUAGCACGUAUUACUGAUGAAUUUGAUUUAUUUCCUUCUGAAGACAAUCAAAUUCUGAAGAUACAGAAACCUGUGGUUUCUGUGAUGAAGUAAGUGUUCUACCCUGAUGAGAUCCUGUAAACUCUCUUCACACUUUUCAGUAUCCUGUGUAACAAGAGAAUUACCCAGUAGAUGUUGUGAACCUUAUUUUCCUGCCAACAGCAAUAUUCUGUAAUGAAUGCCAGAUCAGGUGUGUAAAGCCAUUGAGGAUAUGAAGAAAGGAAAGAUACCAGGAGAUGAGGUGCUUCAGUAAAAAUGGUUAAUGCUGGAUGCAAAGUAGUAAAACAAAUUAAAAAAAAAAAAAACUUGCAAAAUGGUUACAUGUGCUUGCAGAAGAUGUUCCAGUGUAAAGUCAAAUGCCGGAAUGCCAAUAGCGAAUGUUAUAGCAUAGAGAGCUGUGAAGAAGACGUCAGAUAGUUGCAUGUAGACCGACCCCUCUCUACAAUGACAACCCAAUGACAGUGCCCUCCGCAUGAAGAGGACAUAAGCACCGCGCCUCCUGGCUGCAGCCCAGUUGAAGACUAGCAGUUCUGCAACUUCCACAGCGGCAUCAAGAAUAGGCACUUGUGUAGCAGUGACUUAGGAACUGUAUUACUUCUCUUGUAUUACAAAUUGUAUAUACUGAAGGGAUUUUUUCUUUGUCUGUCACCCUUUGUACGUGACAUGUCUGUAUCUCACAAAGUUAAGUAUGAGAUAAUUUCAGAAAAUCAGGAGAAUGCUGUAAUUCUUCUACUUCACAAAAAACAAAUUUGAACUUUUGUAAGAUUACUGCCUUUAAAGUCCUUCACACAGUGUUUUCUGUGCAAUUAAGUUGAAGAAUAAAUAGAUACGGUCAGUGUUUUAAUGGCAAUCAUUGAAUGUUUGAUUUUGAUUUUCAUGCUAAGACGUAUAGUGUGUCCCAGGAAAAAUAAUAAUAUUCAGGGAUGUGACAGGUAUGCUAAUUUGAAACAAAAAGCUUCACAUGGGCAUAUGCCCCAUUUUGAAUGAUUUCUGAGAUAGAACACAUUUAAUGUGCUUUUUUGUAUGGGUUAGUGGUGCACAUAUUUGUCUUAUCCAUCCCAUCUCUUUGGCAUUUUGUUCUAGUCGAAUCUACCUCGCUGCUUUUGGCCUAUUUGCCCAGAUGUCUUUAUGGUGUUACAAUGGCCUGUUGAAUACACAGUUGUCCACGUGUGUCAUGAGUGAAGUAGUGCAAGUGCAAGUAUAUCAGAGAGAAGCAAGUUGAACUGUGUUUGCAGUUGUAUUGGAUAGAAUGUCGCACACCUGCACCAAUGAAGAAUAUGCAGGUAUGGUGUGUGUUUAUGGCUUCUGCGAUAAUAGUGCUGCUGCUGCUGAAGAAUAUUGAUGGCAGUUUCCAACACAUUGAAUUCCUGAUCAUAGAUAGUGUACCAGAGUUUUCUGAACAUUGUGUGAAACACAAUUCCCAUUUUUCUUCUGAAUGUGUAGUUCAAGAAUCUUUGCAGGAACAGCAACACAUUGUUGAAAUUGUGGAGUGUAGUCCUAUGACCAGCACACAUUGACUUUUUGCAUGUAUCAGUGUCCCACAUAGCGAACACUAUGUGUGAAAAACUUGUACCCAUUUCACGUACGGCAUGUCCACAGUCUUCACAUUGGUGUCAAUGCCACAUGACUUGAAUUUUUUCACUGGUUAAAUGACAAUAGUCAUUAGGAUCCUUUAAUACCAUACGUUCACACUGUAUGGAAUCAGAAACACACAUAAUAAUUGUCAGUGGUUGCAGUAAAAUCCACUUGCUUCCGUGGAAACCAAUUUCAGAGAUUGUUUUUUGAACGAUGUUUGAUGCGGCAUGAUGAAUAACAUGGCGAUUGGUCCAGUCAUUUUAGAACACUUUUUUUGAAGACUUUGAAGAUAUUCCUCUGCCGCACAGACUGCGAUGUACUUCCAGCAUGACGGAGCUCCUCCACAUUUUGUCAGAUAUUGGAAGGAACAUUUCAACCACACUUACCCUAAUUACUAGAUUGGUCAUAGUAGUACAAUUAACUGGCCGCCAAUGCCAAAGAUACACCAUUACAUUUUGCUUUAUGGAGCUGGUUUAAGUCUGAGGUGUACAAACAAAAGGUGAAUAUGUGUAUUUUUUUCGCGUCAUGCACACUCCUGUCCUCCUCAGUGAACCUACAGAGGCACUCUGGUAAGCAACACAACAUAUUCUCUGAAGAGUGUACAAAUGCACUGAAGAUGAGAGUGGGAUAUUCGAAAGUUUAUUGUGAACCUUACAAUAACUGUAAUGUUACAUGUACGAUAAUGCAUUGAGCAGAAUGUAUUACAAAUGUGUAUAUUUCAAUUGAUAUUUUGUGAAACACUUGUAGUUAAAUAAUAGUUGUACAUGUAGAAAUCUGACAAUGUUAUGGAUAACACAGAAAAUAAAUAACAGUGUAUGUUAAA